AUGAUUAUCAACCGUGAAGCCAUACCAGGUACCGUUCACCUCGUUGACCAGACGGGAGACGUACAUGCCCAGCACUCGGAGAAGACCAAAGAUGUGGUGCUGGUUCCAACUCCAACUGAUGAUCCAGAUGAUCCACUAAACUGGUCUUUCAACAGAAAACUGGUGUGUAUGUUCUGCCUGGUUUUGUAUAAUAUGGCAGUCGGUGUUCCCUCUGCUGCGAUAUACUCUGUUCUGACACCGAUCAUCGAGCACACCAAUCUUACUCUGUCAAACCUAAAUGAUGGUACUGGUGUCAUGUUUCUGUUCUUUGGUUGGGGCUGUAUGGUUUGGCAGCCUAUGGCGCAGCAGUACGGCAAGAGACCUGUCUAUAUUUUUUCCGUAUUUGUGACCAUUUUCAUGAUGGUAUGGGCACCUUAUACCACUUCAUCAGGGGAAUGGAUUGCUUCCAAAUUAUUACAAGGAUUUUUCGGUGCUCCAAUCGAAUCCCUGGGCGAGAUUACCAUUGCUGAUAUUUGGUUUGAACAUGAACGUGGAAGAUGGAUGUCUGUUUAUGCAGUGUCACUUUUCGUGUCCAACUUUAUUGCUCCAUUAGUUGCUGGAUUUAUUUCAGAUGGCCAAGGUUGGAAAUGGGUAUGUUUUUGGUGCGCAAUUUUUGAUGCUGUUGCCUUGAUUGUGCUCUUCUUCCUAUGGGAGGAAACUAACUACUCUCGUCCUCAUAUUGCACCAGAUGAUGAGAUUGAAGAAGCCCCAGUGGAGAAACAAGCUGGUAUUGUUACUGUGGAACAAACAGAUUCAAACCCUGAACCAUCAAAGUACCACGUUGACAUGACCAAACCAAUGAAGACGUACAUGCAAAAGUUAAAGUUUUUCGACAAACCCCGUCCAUUUGUGGUUCACAAGCUGAUGUGGCGAUCACUCACUAUGUUUAGAUUCCCCGUGGUGUGCUGGUCUGGAUUCUACUAUGGCCUAGCCGUGGUCUGGUUCAACAUUCUUAAUGCCACUUCGUCCUCCAUCUUCUCUGCUUCGCCAUACAAUUUCUCACCUUCCAUGGUAGGUGUGACUUACACCUCCCCCAUUUUGGUCACUUUUAUUCUGACCUACUUCAGUGGAAAUGUAGGCGAUAGACUAAGACUCUUUAUUGCCAGGAAGAAAAAUGGCGUUUCUGAACCAGAGGACCGACUGUGGAUGGCCACUAUCUACUUGAUUUUAUGUCCUGGUUGCUUCAUUCUGUGGGGUGUUGGAGCUUGGGCUGGUAUCCAUUGGAUGGGCCUUGUCAUCGGGAUGGGGGUUAUUGGAGGUUCCGGUAUCAUGGGCUGUCACUGUGCUGUCAACUAUGUGUUGGAGUCAUACCGUGAGCUUGGUUCAUGUGCAAUGGUUUCUGUGAUUUUGGUGAGAAACACUAUGAGUUUCGCCGUUAAUUGGGGAAUCACGCCAUGGGUUGAGAAUACAGGUCUGAAGAAUACGUUCAUAGCCGCAUGCUUCAUUUCACUUGCUGGAAUCUCGACCUUUCUUCCAAUGAUUUACUUUGGAAAGAGAACUAGAGUCUCCACGAAGGAUGCCUACUGGAAUUAUGUCCAAGAGGCUACGGAUCUUGGCUUGCCUCACUAA